CGGCGUACGUACAUGAAAGCCCUUUGGACUGGAAAGCAAGAAUGUGGAUACCUUGGUGUUUUGGUAUUUUGGACUCGAAGAAUGAGGAUAGCUGUUUGGUUUCUGGUGCUGGAGUAUAAUUUUGUUUCUGUUUUGGGUGCUUUUCUUGGAGGAUUUCUUAAAAUUUGGAAAUUUGAAAUUUGGGAAAGCUGUUCGCGUCUUUUUGAUGGUUUUUUUUGGCUGGUUUUUGGUCUUUUUUCUUCCUGGCUUUGCAUUAUACUGUGUAGAUGGUGGUCCUCUAACUUGGGAUAGAUGGGAUAGAUGGGAUAGAUGGGAAUGGUGUAUGAUGUAUGGUGUAUGGUGUAUGGUGUAUGGUUGACGGUGUACGGUGCAUGGUUGACGGUGUACGGUGUACGGUGUACGGUGUAUGGUUUACGG